AUGUCAGGUCCACAUCCUCAGUUCAGUCCUGCGUGUCCGAUACCCUACAUCCUCCACCCCGCGGAGCGAGUAGAGCAACUCAAAGCUUUUCUGCAGACUGAUUUUGGCAAAGCCCAGCGAGUGAAUGUUGAAGCUCUCAUUCGCCUAUAUGAGAAUGGCGAGCUUGGACCACGCCAACGAGGUGAUCCCCCGAUCUACCUUGUUGAGGGACGACGAGUCGAGAGGAACCCAUGGGAAGAUGACUCGCUACAUGCCCAGAUUAGGCUACCUCCCCAGUAUGGCGGUAACGAACACUUGACACGGCCUUUCUUAGUCUGCAAUGAUACUGGAAGCAACGUGCUUACUGUCUUCAUGUCCGAUCUCCUGGCGCUUCAGUUCGAUAUGGUACUCCACGGUCCAGCCAUGCAAGGCGCAACGCCAAUCAAUACCGCUAAUGGCCAGGCCCUCCAGCCUCUAAUAUUUGUUGAUAUGCAAAUUCUCACUUCUGCUUUUGUGGCACUUACCCCCUGGUUUCGAGAGACUGCUAUUGUGAAGCCAAAUAGCCCCACCUCGCAGAGGAAAUAUGGUCUACAGAGCGACCUACUUAUCGUUUCUCAUGUGUGA